AUGACACUUGGAAAGUCACAUGAACUGAACAGUCAUCGCAUGACCAGUGUCAAAUGCCAGCUGUCCGCUCUUGCCAGCCAGCUGCCAGCUGCCACGCACCUCACAUUGUUAGGCCAGCAAACAGCGCAGGCCAAUCCGUCCGCCGCCUCUCUCAAACACCCCUCCGUCCUUUGCUGCAUCGUCCUGGAAUCAAAGUCUGCCGUCGUUUUUAAUUCUAUCCCUUCAGAAGUCUUACUCUACCGCGACGACGCAAUAAUGACAUUCGCCGACGACGAGUCGUUAGAGAUGCGAGAGCUCAUCAAAACUCGGCUAAGAAACAUCCGCGGCUUUUGCUUCUUAGACGGGAAGCCAAUGACUGGCCGCGAGAAGCGCGAUAACGGUAUCAUCGAUGCGUUGCACUCGGAGGCUCCGUCCGGCCCGGUCGCAGCAGAGCGUUGUCUGACGCAUCUCAUGCUUGCAAGCAAUUGCUUGUGGGAAGUAUUGGUAACAAGAGGACCCGAUGAGUUUUGGAAUAGCGUCGGACAAGAGAAGGGAGGCAAACUGCCUCUCAGCAUCACCAGGGACCUUGUUCUUGCGUUUGUCCGGGCCAGAGACCGAUACCUCCGUUGCUUCCCGCACAAAAGCCCGCACGCUGUCAACAAUAUGCUGGAGGCAUACACUCAAUACUUGCUGGAGAAGUUUCAAGCGCUAGGAAAGGUGAUGAUACUCGGCUCGCCCGUGAACUGGUGCCUCUCUGCAAAAGAGGUUCAAGACGUGGAAGCUCUCACUCCGCAAGGGCCAGCUAAACAAGUUUCGCGGAACAAAUUCGAGCUGUCAUCAUCUGCCAGAAACUUGCUGGUACCGGCAAGGUCUUUGAGCCCGAUUGGAAAGUUCAAGCAUAACCUUAUGGGGCUGGCCGAGGAAAUUAUGCAGCAGUAUCCGGGGCAGAGAGAGCUUCUGCCGCAGUAG